AUGAAAUCAGUAAUGUUCAAAGCAAUUUUAGCGUUAUCAUUUAUUGUCAUAUCUUUACAAGAAAAACAAAUACCAUCAUUAAAAGAUAUUGAAAGUUAUAAUGAUCCUAUAUUAAAAGAAAUUUUCUACAAAAUUCAAAAAACUACCACAUCAAAUUAUAAAAACCAAGAUUCAACAAAUGAUUCAGUUGAAUUUAAUCAACAACAUUUUAUUGGAAAUAAUCCAACAUUUAAUCGAAGAUUUGCAACUUCAUCAAAUGUGAAUCAAGAACAAACACCAGAAUUUAAAAAUUCAUAUGACUAUAGUUCAUUUAAAAACAUUGCCCUUACACCAAAUAAUAUGGUAAUGUUAGCAAAUGAUGGAUAUAAUGCAUUUAUAAAUGGGGCUAGACAAUUAUCAAAUACAAUUCCAGGAACACUUUCAAAUGGGGCUAUGAUGUUUUUGGGUUAA